UUCUUAAUAUUUGUUGGGCUUUUAAGGUUAAGCUUAUAUAUUCAAUGUUUUUGGGCUGAUAAAUUCGUAUGGUUAAGUUGGCCCGAGGGCCCAUGAACAGAAACCUAAAUCUGAUGAAGCAAAAAAUCUGUGUGGCGAUUCCAUUAGAGAGACUGAGAUGCAGAAGUUUGUGUGCCAAUUCCAUUGGUUGGGUUUCGAUCAGUCCUUUCGACUUCUUUCCAUCCAUCGAAACGAGAUAGCUUCUGGAUCCAUCGUAGUAAACAAGAUACUACGUUUCUCAAAAAAUGGUAUUCAGCAUCAACAAAACUGUCACAGCAUGGGAAGAAAUGUUUAAUUGAAGAAUGAAUUUGGAACAGAUCGCAUUAUAAAGGUAAGUAGGUAACUGGAUAUUAUAUUCGGUCUUAGAUUUUAUAGAACGGAGUACAUAGUAGCAUGCCCAAAUUAAUAAAGUUUUUGGCUUUAUUGCUCGAAACAAGAUUUCAGGUUCAAAGAGUUGGUCAACAUCAUAAUGCACUAUCCUCAAGGGAAUCGUGGAAUUUAUAAAGAUGGAAGGCCUAUCUAUAUCAAGAGCCUAGGACAAGUCAUCCCGGUCGAUGUCCACACAUCAAAAGUGUCAAGGUUAGAUAUGUGGUUCCGAGUGGAGCUUUGGUUGGUAUCUACGAGGAUCUUGAGCUCAGGGAUGGGGGAUCAAACUACAUUGGGAAGUGUGUCUCUAAAGAUCCAAGAUCCAACUCAGCAGACUGAUAUUGACAACUUCAUGGUCUCUGGAGUGAUGGAACCCAAAACGAGCCGGGUUGGUGAAAUCAAAAGCUUAUAGCCAAUUGUAUCCUUGCUGUGUGGAAAGCUGGGGUCAUUGACUCAUUGUCUAUGGCAUUCUCUCUACAAAGCGAAGGUAGGAGAGCAAAAGGUAAAAAUAACUGAGAUGAUAGGGUAAUGUUCGGCACCUACAUAGAUGAGGGAAAAAGGCAAACAAUAAAAAAUAAUUAAUGAUUACAUUUUUUACGUUUUUUAUGGUAAGAUAAUUUUGUAAAUUUUAACAAAAAGGGAAAAUAGUAGAGUUGAUAUAACUAUAGUUAAAUUUCUGAUUUGUAAAUUUCUAUCUUUUGGCUUAUUGCAACAGUCACUGUAUUCUAAGGUAUGUGGUAGAAUAGCUUGUUUAUACGUGUC